UUUCAAAAUGGCUCCCAACAACAGACAACGUAAAACAGGGAAAUCUAGCAGAUCUAUAACAAACGUUGAGAAAAGAAAAGAUAGUCAUUAUGCAUUAAUGAUUUCUCAGUUUAUGUACAUUAGCCUGUGUAUGGUACUAGUGAAAGUCUCCUGAGUUUGAAAAUCUGAAACUAAAAAAAAAAUAAAUCUCAAGAUGUUACCAAGGCCAAGUGGUUUUUUUUAUUGAUCUAGCCAAAGUAGCCAAUAAUUUAGUGUGCAUCUGUAAACUAAUGAUUCAUUUUACAUUUUCAAGGCAGCUUACAUUUACUCUGGAGCUAUAACUAUAAGCCACAGAACAUUUUUGGCUACUUUGUUUGAAAAUGAUAGGCAUUUUUCUCACUUAUCAACCUUGGAGCGAGAAUUAGCUUUUCGGACUGAAAUGGGUUUUUAUUUUUCCUACUUCAAGACUAUAAUAUCUGCUGAAUCAGUGUAUGAUGGUUUGUUUCAAGUGAUGAACGAUAACAUAACUGAAUAUCCAUCUACUAUCAACACCCUCAAAAGAUUUAAUUUGUACCCUGAGUUAAUCGUGGGCUGGGCUUACAGAAUAUAUAUAUCCACCAGUGAUUUUCUGGGGCAUAGAACCAAAAUUUGCUGGACAGUGAACAGAGGUGAAGGAUUAAGUCCAGUACAAAGCUGUGAAGGUCUAGGAGAGCCAGCUUAUUUUUAUGUUGAAGCAGCAUUUUUACUCAAUGGGCUAAUGUUGGGAAUUUUUUUUCUUUUUGGCACUUUUUUAAGCAAGAGUAUAUUUGGAGGAUUAAUUACUGUAGCCUGCUUUAUGUUCAAUCAUGGUGAAGCAACUAGAGUCAUGUGGACUCCACCAUUACGAGAAAGUUUUGGUUACCCCUUUUUUGUACUACAUAUGUUUGUAGUGUCAUAUAUAUUAAGGAAUAAGAUUACUUCAUAUUUGUUUGCUCUACUGAUUGGAGGUAUCCAGAUAUGUUUCAUGCUGUCUUGGCAGUUUGCCCAGUUUGCUUUGUUAACCCAAACACUUGCUGUAACUGCUGUUUAUCUACUACAGUAUAUAUCCAUUGAGACCUUUAAAGUUUUCCUAAAGGGACAGACUGUAGGACUUUUAUCAAGUUUUGUAUUGCUGUUUGGUAAUGAAAUGCUGUUAACCUCAUUUUUUGCAAGCACUCUUCUUGCAGCAUGGGUAUUGGUGGUUGGCAAUCCUUUUUUCACUAGAUUUAAAAAUCAACUAGCAAUUUUUUUCUGGCAGUCUGGCACAUUUGUUAUUGGGACUUUGGUUCUCAAGCUGUUCAUUGGGAAAAUGCUUAUAUUGGAAGAUGAUGCACAUAUUGGUGAAAUCCUGAAAAGUAAAUUCACAUCUUUUAAAAACUUUCAUACCAUGUUAUACACGUGUGCUAAAGAAUUUGACUUUAUAGAACAAGAGACCAUAUGGAAGCUGCUACAAACUCUUGUACUGCCCAGUGCUGUGUUUGCAUUUGUAGCUGUAGCUUUUCAUUUACUGAGAAAUGAAAUUCAGUUUUUUAAAGAGUCAAAAGGCACAAGUUCAGAAAGUACAACUCAAACCAAGCAUAGCGUUGUGCAAAAAGAAAAAGAAGAUGCAGAACUUGUAUACCAUUCACUUCAAUUGUUAGCCUUCACAGCUAUGGCUCUCCUCAUUAUGAGAUUAAAGUUAUUCUGGACUCCUCAUCUCUGUCUGUACACAUCUUUGUUGGCUUCUAAACAUAUAUUUCCAUUUGGUUCUAAAGAAAAACACUAUGCACUGUUAGCUGUUUUAGUUGCUUGCAUGGCAUGGACCGGAGUUGAUAAUUUGCAAGUGCAGUUGGGCAGAGUUGGAGAGUUUAGUAAUAUUCCCAUGGAAGAGCUUGUAGAAUGGAUUAAAGCGAAGACACCACAAGAUGCAGUUUUUGCUGGUGCCAUGCCUACUAUGGCAACUGUGAAACUUUGCACAUUGCGUCCUAUUGUGAACCAUCCCCAUUAUGAAGAUGCUGGACUCAGAGAGCGUACUAAGCUUGUGUAUAGUAUAUACAGUCGGAAGCCCCUGUCACAAGUAAAAGCCAACUUGGACAAACUUGGAGUGCAGUACAUUAUAAUUGAAGAUAUGUGGUGCUCCUAUAAAGCAAAAACUGGUUGUUCUCUGCCAGAGAUCUGGGAUUUAGAAGACAAGCAAUAUCAAGGUUCUCAGGCAGCGUGCCAUAGGAUAAAAAAAAAUCCAGAGUCUUAUUUCCAACUGGUUUUCAAAAACAAUAUUUACCAUGUGUUUCAAUUAUUGUCUUCAUAACUUUUCUGUUCACCUAUGCUACUGAAUUAAACGCAUUAUAUGUUUGACUUUGGACUAGGCGAUAACUGAACAAAUCCAUGACCAAGUAUUGCAUUUAAUUUUGCUAUAGUUGUCUUAGCGCUAUUUUGUUCAUGAUUAUUUAUUUGUUUAUUGUUAUCCAAUUUAAUUCAAUUAUUGUUUUAGCUAUGUAUUAUUGUUUUCUUCAAUAAUACUAUUUACUUUAUAUAAGUUUCAAUGCACUUUAUUUACAUUGAGCUGUUCCUAUUAGAACCAUAUGAUUAUUAUUUUUUUAUGGGUGUCUGUUAUAAUAAGUCUAUUAGUUUGAAAAUUUGAGGUAAUUUUUAGUUGUUUUUAAACAGUGUUAUGAAAGAUGAUUUGUUUUUGCUGUAGUGGUAGAAGUGGUAUUGUAUAUAUGCUCAGAGAGAGGGUAUUGGUCUAUUCUGCAUUAUACCUUACUUUUUAUUUUAUUGUGUCUACUUCGCACCCCAUACCGGUAUAGAAACACAUUUAAAAGUUAUCUCACUUGUUUAUAGUGUUAUACAUAUACAACAUUGGUGGUUUCCAUUGAAUAUAGAAACACAUUUAAAAGUUAUCUCACUUGUUUAUAGUGUUAUACAUAUACAACAUUGGUGGUUUCCAUUGAAUGGUGCUGCUUGGCAAAUUAUUUUUAGCUUGUAAAAUAUUUUGUUGACAGACUAAACAUUUCAGAUCAUUAAAUGGGGUACCUGGUAACUGUAGAUCACUGUGGGCAUUGAAGUGAACUGCUGUAUAUAAUUUACCCCUUGCUUGUGACAACUUUCCUCAGAAUUGUUAUUCCCUGAGAGAAAUAGUGGUGACAUUUUUAAAAAAAUGUAUUACAUAAAUGCUGUUUAUCCAUCGAUUUGUCAGUAAUCUUUAGGCCAUAUUUCUCUUUUAAUUGGUCAGUAAUCUUUAGGACAUAUUACUAUUAAUUUGUCUGUGCUCAUCUCCACAAUCAUUUCAUCCUUAUUCGUCUUUGUCUUCCACAAGGAUACAGCUUCCUAGAUAGAACUAUUGUUAUACCGGGUAUUAGUGGGAAUCUUAUGUUGCAAACUCUUAUUAAUUUUGUUCAACAAUAUCCUUCACUUGACUUUUUAGUACAUCUGUUUAGUUUUUAGUUUCCCUUUCAGAUCCUGUGAUUUAUGGGGCAGGUGAUGUUAUCUGUUUGCUGUCCUAUGGUUACAGAGUAGGGUGUCUUGUGGCCUGCACAGCGACCAACCGCCUUUACUUUCUCGAACUUAAAUCAGGUACUGAUUAAAGUUGGGUGGACUCAGGAUGCCCUAUAAAUCAUGAAAUUCAAAAUCAGUCCACUGAGAUUCAAACCCAGGACCCCAGGUUUGAAAGCCAAGUACUUAACCACUCAACCACCACGUCCCUGUUAUAUAUGAUGUUAUUGUUUUUACCUCUCUUUUACCUAACCCAAAUCACAAAAGAAAAUGAGCUUGUUCAAGCUUUAGCAAUAACAAGCUAACAAAUUGUAUUCUAUUUUCUCUGGCACCUUCCCUAAGCUAACUUGAUAUUGUUGACCCUGUUACUGAGUUUCACAUCAAUGCAUAAUGAACUUUUAAAUUCCAUUAGUUUAAUGGCUUUCUUUAAAAGUGUUUUUCAGUUUUUUGUUAGUUUGUCUAGGUAUUUGAAAUAUUACAUGAAAAAAAUUAUACCUUUUAAAGUAAAAAAAAUUGCUACAAAAUGAUUCUGUCUUGAAUGACCUAGUUUCAUAUAAGAAUUACUGAUCAAGUUUUUU